AUGACGUUGUCGAUGAAAUUUAUUAUCAAGUUAAACAUUUGGAACCAUGGCGGAAAAAGAAGUCGUAAAACAUCAGGAUUAAUUGGCACGUGUGGAGGAUUAAUUUGGGCCCGUGGUGUUGGCGGAGGCGGUAUUCUAUCAACACCAUUUCGUAUUUUAUAUAAAUUAUAUACAAGAAAAUCAACAAGAAAACAAGCCAUCAGCUUAACUAUUCAUACAGAUUCAUCAUAUAUUGUAUAUUCGAUAUACUCAACCACCAAAUGA